UGUUUAUUUUUCGUUGCGACUAUUCGACGUUUGUUCCGUUUUUUUUCAAAUAAAAAUAUAUUCAAAAUAUUUGAAAUGGCUGAAAAUAAAACUUUUUGCCCAAAAAUUAUAAAAAUAACUGCAUUGGUUCUAGCAUUUUUAUUGCUAGUCAAAACGUUUCUAUGUUUUCUUUUGUCUUUUGCCAUACUCGAAGAACCGCCUGAAGACUGGCCCCAAAGGCUAAAAGAUGACUGUAAUCCCAAAUGGUACAGUUGGUUCUCGCUAAUUCUCAACGCGGUUGGUGUUGUGGUAUAUUCAUAUAUGUAUUUUGGUAUUCUUAAUACACACAAAUUUAACCUCCUGGUAGGUCUUCUUGGAGUAACGGUUUAUCUUAUAGUUUCCGUACCAGCUCAUAUCUUGUUGUGGAUAAAACAUUCAAGGCCUCAUACGAUGAUGACACUAAAUUGUGUGGGAACUGCGGUAUCCGUGAUUUGCAGCCCAUUAUCCUACAUUCACUACCGCAGAAUACUCGCCGACGAGCGUAUCGAAGAAAUGGAGGAAAGUGAAUAUUCGGAAAGUAAGAAGAAAUGAAUAAUAAUAUGUGUAGUAAUGUUACAAAUAAAGAAAAAAUUGAUUUUAAUAUGUUAAUGAUCGAAUGUUGAAGUUCACAUAAAUACUUUCGAGUACUUCCGAACUAUAAGUUACCUUAAGAUUCAUUAGAGUUAUUUUAAGUGUU